GCUGCGCGGAAACGGUGCUCUACACAGUAUGGCCGGCGACAUUAGCUAGCACUCGCUCACGGUAAUUCUCUGUAAAAGGGGAAAAGUCGGUUAAAAGACGUUAAAAAGAAACCAUCCACCUUCAAGAAACAACACUAGGACCCAAGACUCAAGGACUGAGCUUUUAACAUCUUUAGCUUGAGAAGGCAAAGGACUUGAUUUGGAGCUGAAAUCAAAAAUAAACCGUUUUUGAAUUCUGUCUGUUUGUGUUGUGUCACGAUGGAGGAAAACAGUGCCCAUUUCUUCGAGGGGACCGAGAAGCUGCUGGAGGUUUGGUUCUCCCGGCAGGACGACAGCAAAGGUACCGGGGACCUACGAAGCAUCCCGAGGUUUGAGUGGGACAAACUUCUGGAGAAUGUGCAUUGUUUGAUCAUAAGUGUGACAAAGACUGACAAGCAGGAAGCUUAUAUACUCAGCGAGAGUAGCAUGUUUGUCUCCAAGAGACGUUUCAUUUUGAAAACAUGCGGAACCACCCUCUUACUGCAAGCGCUGGUGCCCCUGCUGCAGCUGGCGCGCGAGUACUGCGGCUUUGACGCCAUCGAGAACUUCUUUUACUCUCGUAAGAACUUUAUGAAGCCCGCCCAUCAGGAGUUCCCCCACCGCAACUUUGAGGAUGAAGUGGGAUUUCUCAGCCAGAUCUUCCCAAAUGGAGCAGCGUACUGUAUGGGACGUCUGAACUCUGACUGCUGGUACUUGUUUACUCUGGAGCUGCCGGAGUACUGGGAGAACAAGCAGGCGGACCAGACGCUGGAGGUUCUGAUGAGCGAUCUCGAUCCAGCUGUGAUGGACCAGUUCUACAUGAAAGACGGUGUUUCCGCUAAUGAUGUCACUCGUAUGAGUGGAAUUCGUGACCUGAUUCCAGGUUCUGUGAUCGACGCCACAAUGUUCAACCCUUGUGGAUACUCCAUGAAUGGAAUGAAAACGGAUGGAACUUACUGGACGAUUCACAUCACCCCUGAGCCAGAGUUCUCGUACGUUAGUUUCGAAACCAACCUCUCCCAGACGUCCUACGACGAUCUCGUCCGGAAAGUCGUGGACGUCUUCAAGCCAGGAAAAUUUGUGACUACGCUUUUUGUUAAUCAGAGCUCAAAGUGUCGCAGCGUGUUCUCGUCUGCGCAGAAACUCGACGGCUACAGGCGCCUGGAUCGCCAGCUGGCCCACUUCAACGACUACAACUUCGUCUUUACCAGUUACGCUAAGAAGCCGCAGCAGAGCCAGCAGAGCUAAAAGAUGAGGAAGCGCAAAAAGAAAGCGGGCAGAGCCGCGAAGCUCUGCUGCUGCUGCCUGGAGUUUCAUUACUGUAGCUGUAUCGCAAGUUUUUCCCGUAAACGUCCUCGUACCCGAUCCGUAGAUAUGUUGCAUGAAAGCUCUCGUCGUGUCCGUGUAGAUAUUCUAGCUCACUCUUGCUGUGAUCUUGAAGUGCAUGUAGAGUUGAGGAGCCUCCCCUUCCUGCAGGUGUCCCCCCUCAUCCUCCACAGACAGGGUUUCCGCGCCCACUAAGCAGGGGCCCUGGCAUGCUCAGAUCCGUCUCCCUAACAGUGCGGUAUCACAAUCCUCAAAAAAAAACAAAGCAACCCUAACACCCUGCCCAUUUAAAAACCAGCCUGAUUUUGAAACAUAGCACUAAGGGGAAAAAAAACUUUAUAAAUAUAUAAUCUAAUAUCUAUAAAACUUUCACAAUGCCCCCCCCCCCCCCCCCA